AUGCGGUGUUGAUUCCUGCAGAGCUGUAGUCGUAGCGCAAGCGAGGACAAACACAAUGGCUGAGAAUGAUGUUGACAAUGAGCUGCUCGAUUAUGAGGAAGACGAGGAACCUCAGGGAGCCCCCGAGAGUGCAGCCCCCACAGGCAAGAAGGAGGUGAAGGGUUCUUAUGUUUCCAUUCACAGUUCUGGUUUUAGGGAUUUCUUGCUCAAACCAGAGCUGCUCCGUGCCAUUGUCGACUGCGGUUUUGAGCAUCCAUCCGAAGUGCAGCAUGAAUGCAUCCCUCAAGCCAUCCUGGGCAUGGAUAUUCUGUGUCAGGCAAAAUCUGGUAUGGGCAAGACUGCUGUGUUUGUGCUGGCCACACUGCAGCAGAUUGAACCAGUGGAUGGACAGGUGUCAGUAUUGGUAAUGUGCCACACACGAGAGUUGGCCUUCCAGAUCAGUAAAGAGUAUGAGCGUUUCUCCAAGUACAUGCCCACAGUAAAAGCAGCAGUGUUUUUUGGUGGUCUGGCCAUCAAGAAAGAUGAGGACGUCUUGAAAAAGAACUGCCCUCACAUUGUUGUUGGAACACCAGGCCGCAUCCUUGCUCUCAUCCGCAAUAAGACACUCAGCUUAAAGAACGUCAAACACUUUGUCCUGGAUGAGUGUGACAAGAUGUUGGAGCAGCUAGACAUGAGACGAGAUGUGCAGGACAUAUUCAGGCUCACGCCCCACGAAAAGCAGUGCAUGAUGUUCAGCGCUACCCUAAGCAAAGAUAUCCGGCCAGUCUGCCGCAAAUUCAUGCAGGAUCCAAUGGAGGUGUUUGUGGAUGAUGAGACCAAACUGACGCUCCACGGCCUGCAGCAGUAUUACUGCAAACUCAAGGACAGUGAAAAGAACCGCAAACUCUUCGAUCUGCUUGAUGUGUUGGAGUUCAACCAGGUGGUGAUCUUUGUUAAGUCAGUUCAGCGCUGCGUGGCUCUGUCUCAACUUUUGGUGGAACAGAAUUUCCCUGCCAUCGCCAUCCACAGAGGAAUGGCUCAGGAGGAGAGGCUGUCUCGCUAUCAGCAAUUUAAAGACUUCCAAAGGCGGAUCCUGGUGGCCACUAACCUCUUUGGCCGAGGAAUGGACAUCGAGCGAGUCAACAUUGUCUUCAACUAUGACAUGCCAGAAGAUUCCGACACCUAUUUGCACAGGGUUGCCCGUGCUGGCAGGUUUGGGACCAAAGGCCUGGCGGUCACCUUCGUGUCUGACGAGACUGACGCCAAGACUCUGAAUGACGUGCAGGAUCGCUUUGAGGUUAAUGUGGCUGAGCUUCCAGAGGAGAUUGACAUCUCCACCUACAUUGAGCAGUCCAGAUGAGUGCCCUGAAGAAGUUUCUCCUCUAUGUGAUUCUGUCCUUUUUUGGAAGGAAGCCCACUUCACUGUUUAUUUCAAAGCUCAGCCUCUUGAUGUUGAAAAAUUUUAAAUGUCCUUUUGGAAGGGGGCGGGGGGGGGGAUAAUUACCUUUUACCGUGGAAGCUUUUUAUGAUAUGCCAAUUCGCUGUUGCUUUUGAGAGGCUUUUUUUUUCUUUUCUUUUUUUUUAAAUCACUAAUAUUCAUUCGUCUCGAAAUAAAGUAGAGCUUUAGAAAAAGAAAUGUCUAGGAAAAGGGUUAGUUUUGAGUGACGCCUGAAGGUGAAUUUUGUUUCCAUUUGUGACCAAGACGUCAAAUUAUGUGCAGACCAGUUUUGUGAUUCAUUUCCCCCCUCUUUUUAUACAUAGGAAGUUGCUUCGUCGGUGCACAAGUGUUGAGUAAUGAGUAGUCGACUAAUUAGAACUCCAGAAGGGAAAACUUCGGCUUUACGUGGCAGCUCCUUCUUAACCGUAAAUGUGGUUUUCAAAAAGAACUGCUGAUCAUCAAUUUGAAUAGAAAUGGAUCUCCUGUUCCGUGUUUUGACGUUAAAGUAAUGGUUUGUAUCUCUACAGGCUUUAUCUGGCUUCUAAUUGUUUAUAAAAUAAAACCACAAAAACAACGCUGUCGUUUUAAUGAUGUCUGUGUUAAAGAGAACGGGGAGACAGGACAAGACAUUGAACUCAGUACAGUGUAUUCACACAUCAUAGACUUUAAUGGACCGUUGCAUGCGGCCUGUGGCACCGAUAACUAUUCUGAUGUGUCUGGUGAAUCCUCCGCUGGAAAAAAUGCCUUCCUAAAUGGGGGGGGGGGAGGGAAGUAUGCAGCCGGUUUUAUAAAUCCUCUUGAUUAUGGAAGACAACUAUUACUGUUACUACUCGCUGACUAGUGGACUCAGUGUGAACAUUUGCUCUAUUAAGGAGAAAUUGCUAAAUCGGUCGUCUUGUAGGCAAUCGCCUGGAGCAGAAAGACUUGUGUGAAACAUUUAUUCAUAUGGUAGAAAUGGAUCAAAUCCAGGACGAUGCAACCACACAUGGGUUCCCCCUCCCCGAGUCCCGUCACGUAUCCUAGAAAGUCAAAUCUAAAAUGCACAACAAAACAAAAACAAACUUGACACAACUACAAACUGGAACAACAGACUUUUAAGGACCGUCAUGACUUCAACAUGGCACUCGGGACGCUCACCGAGAAGCUAACCCCCCCCCCCCACGGUGCUCAGUGCUAGCUGCUACACGUGGUCUAGCUCGGCAUGUAGUAAAUGGAUUGGCCCUUACACAGCACAUACACCUAACACAUGAGUAAUGAGGCAUCUGUACAUAGCUGCUCUAUAGUGUCCUGGGACACAAACUACAGUUAGUUCACCACAACCACAGCGUCUAUAUA